AUGCAGACUAUCGAGAAAGCGCUGCAUCAACCGAUGCCCUUCACGACCGGCGGGCAAACCAUUUCGGAUAGGUUCGUUUUUCAACCAACUUUAACCUAAAAACAUUCAAAUAAUGUAGACUGACGGCUGCCAAGCAUUCUCUGGCCGGAAGUCAGCUCGGAAAGACGAUAUGCAAGGCGACGACCGAGGAAGUUAUGGCUCCGAAGAAAAAACAUUUGGACUGUGAGAAAAAAGUUCAAUUAUUGAUAGUAUCAGUUUAUUCCUUUUGCAGAUCUACUUCACUGCACCAACGAGCCAAAUGUGUCGAUUCCGUCGAUGGCAAACUUGUUGAUCGAGCGGACGCAAAAUCCGAAUUGGACUGUUGUCUACAAGGCUCUCAUAACCAUUCACAACAUCAUGUGCUACGGAAAUGAGGUCUGUCUGCUCAAAUGUCUUCUUGUUUUAAUUUGCACUUUUCAGCGCUUCUCGCAGUAUCUCGCUUCCUGCAACACGACGUUCAAUCUGACGUCGUUUGUUGAUAAAAGCGGAGGUGCUGGAGGUUAUGACAUGUCGACGCAUGUACGGCGGUACGCCAAAUACAUCGGCGAGAAGAUCAACACGUACCGUAUGUGCGCCUUUGACUUUUGCAAGGUUUUCCUAUACUUUUUAUUAGCAAUUAUAAAAAAAAAAUAAAUAUUUCCAGGUCAAAAGAGGUCGUGAGGAUGGACUUUUGCGUACGAUGCACACGGACAAACUGCUCAAGACGUUGCCGAUUCUUCAGAAUCAGAUCGAUGCGCUUUUGGAGUUCUCCGUGAGCAGCUCGGAACUCAACAACGGAGUCAUCAACUGCUCUUUCAUCCUUCUUUUCCGUGACUUGAUCCGUCUGUUCGCUUGCUACAAUGACGGAAUAAUCAAUGUUCUCGAGAAGUACUUUGACAUGAAUAAGAAGCAGUGCCGUGACGCUCUCGACACGUAUAAGGUAGAUUUGAAAUAAUUUUCAUGACAAAAAGAGUCUUUCAGUCGUUCUUGACUCGUCUUGACAAGGUCGCCGAGUUCCUUCGAGUUGCCGAGUCAGUUGGAAUUGACCGCGGAGAGAUUCCUGAUCUUACCCGUGCUCCAGCCAGUCUUCUGGAGGCCCUCGAAGCCCAUUUGAUCCAUCUUGAGGGUGGGAAAGCUCCAGCUCCAGCACAGCAACACUCUGCUCACCAACAGCUCACCGGAUUUGCUUUCGUUCACCCACAGCCGACUCUAGGAGAAGCCGAAAGACAACGGUACAUCGAAUUGGAACAGGAACGUCUUCGACAGUUCGAAGAUCAGAAAAAGUCUAUUAGUUCGGCGAAUCCGUUUGCAAGCGACGUGGCAGCAGCCCCAGUGAUCUCGCAGCAACCAACUUCUGUCGCCCACCCGGAUCUUCUGGAUAUGUUCCAGAACUCGGGUGCCCCAGUUGCUGCGCCUACACAGCCAGUUCCUGUCGAUCCAUUCAAUCCUUUCGCAGCCGGAAAUGCGUUCGCAGGCCAGAACGGUUAGUAAUCUGAUUAUUGAACCAGCUCACAUUCGUUUUAAUAUUCUUCCUUUUGUUCGUCCUAUUCAGCUUCCUUUGUUUUAGUUGCUGCCCCUCCCGGUGGUCCGUUCGGGGUUCCCCCGCAGUCUGGAGCUCCCUUCUACGCUAACAUCCAGCAGCAGCCACCUCAGCCGACUAACGGUGAGUCACGCCAGUCGGCAGUUCGGUGAUGGUCUCUGUGCGUGUGUCAUUGUUUCUUGUUGUUAAUUUGUGAUGCUUAUGAACACUUUUUUUUUCUAAAUCAUCGUCACACUAAUCCCUCGGUUCCUUCCGUGGUUGUGGUAUUCCCUCAAGCCUGGGCAGUCAACGCCAACCAAAUCGCUCGCCUAGGCCUGAUUCCCUCUGAUACUUUAACAUUUUAACGUCGUGAUCUCCGUUGUAACUCUGGAAAUCAAUUAAAUUCCAACCAGACGCGCUUUAAGAACCGGAGAACCCGUUCAUAACGGCUACGGCCGGUCCGCCACCGAUGCACCACGCCCCGCCCGUUCCUCCCCCACCAACCGCCGCAUCAGUGGUUGCCGCGCAUGUCCCGCCACCCGCGGCGCCUAUCAAUCCGUUCGCCGAUCCGGCUGCGGCACAGCCAUUCGGGGACCCAGGUGAUCUCACACUUCCUUAUGUCCAGCUAUUGCAAAAAGCUAAUAUGUCCUGAGAUUCCAUGCUUUUCAAUCCAACACAAUACAACUGACACUCACAUCCGCUUUUUGAUAUGGAGAGGAUCUCAAUGUACUUUUCCAGGACAUGCCGCCGCUCCGUUUGGAUAUCCGACCCCUCAAGCCGAUGAUCUAGCUCGAAUGACUGCUCAAAUGUCGCUAGCUCAGCAAGGGUAUAAUCUUCAAAGCGUUUAUUUAUCCAUAACCAAAUUUUGUUCAGCGCGCCUGUAUGGAACACUUCUACGGCUGUUUCUAGUAAUCCGUUCGGUGCAGUCGCCGCUCCUCCGAUGUACACGGCUCCCAUGGGAAUGUACGCGCAACCUUAUGGUGCUCAGCCAAUGUGGAACCCGCAAAUCGGUAAGGAAAUAAGAAGAGAAAGCGCAUUGAGGAUUACCAAUGUUGCAGCGGCCUACGGGCAGCAGUUUGCGUACGCCCCGCAUGUGCCGCCUGCUCAACAGCAUACUAUCAACAUGGUUAACCAGACGGCGGCGGCGAAGAAUGCUCAACAGGUCCAACAGGCACAGGCCGCUGCCGCCGAUCCGUUCGGACUAUAG